AUGCUCUCGGCAUCAAGGGCUCAACAGAAACCCGCCAACAACACCCACAUCCCGCACCCCCAUUCCAGACAACCCUCGUCGGUAUCGUUUGCCGCGGAAUCCGAUUUAGUACAGAUUCCUUUCGGGUCCCGAACCUCCGCGCUCUCGCGGAUUGAGGAAUUGCUGGAGUCGAUCGUAGACGCAAUCACCCAUGACAACGAGCUCACCAUCCCUUAUGAAACUGUUCGCUCUUCUCAAAACGGGGCCGAAUUUGAGCCCCAAUUUGGAUCCGAUCGCGUGGCAAAUGUCGUCAGAUUUCCUGGGCGGACAAUACAAGAGGUCAAAAAGUUUGAGGCCCUCUUCCGCAUCAUUGAGAUGUCACACGAGGCCCUCCUGUCAGGAAAGUUGAUUACAAAGAGGAAUAUUUACUACCAAAACCCCGAGCUAUUCAAAUCGCAAAGCGCGGUCGAUGACAUGGUUGAUAACCUCGCCUUUACUUUAGGUGUUGGUAGGGAAGAUUUGAACAUUGUGGCAACAGCCAAGGGCCUCAUUUCCGGGCCGAUUGACCUCAUACUCCGUGACGGAUCCAUCCACAGCUGCGAUUCAGCAAGUGAUACGGGGAUACUGUUACCAUCGGUCAACCUGAUAACCAAGAUCAACUUUGGCCUCAUACGAUGGGUCUUAGUUAUUGAAAAAGAGGCAACAUUUCGGACGCUGGCUGCUGCAAAGUACUCCCGCACGUCUCGCGCAGGACAAGGGAUUCUUCUGACAGCAAAGGGAUAUCCAGAUCUCGCAACUAGGCGUUUCCUAUUUCUUCUUCAUAGCGUUCGACCAGAGCUCAGUUUAUUCGCCCUGGUUGACUUCGAUCCCCAUGGGAUUGCCAUUAUGCGGACGUACAAGCAUGGGAGCCAGCGCCUGGAGCAUGAGCAGAACGCAGCAGUACCGUGUCUACAGUGGCUUGGCCUUCACAGUGGGGACGUUAUAAUGAACUUGCCCGCAAAGUACCCUUCAGCAUGCGACAGCAUCCAGAAUCAGGACAGCCAACAGCCUGCGAGUCAAGAAUCUGCAGAGUACUUAAUCUCCGAUUCGCGAAGAGAGAAACCGAUGAAGAGAGCCAGACAUAGCAAAGAGCAGGAAUCAAGCGAAUCAAUCAUCCCCCUAACCGAACGAGACAGGAAGAAAGCAGUCCAAGUAAUGCGUGAGAUCUGGAACCCGGGGAACAUGACCGAGGAGGGGGCCGACCAGGUGAGGGAAUUGCAGCGCAUGUUGAUGUUGAAUGUCAAGGCCGAAAUACAAGCCGUGGACAGCUACGGCGACAUCGCUAAUUGGUUGGACGGGAAGCUGAGCGUGUAA